AUUUUUCAAUCUUGAAUAGUAACUUCAUUAAUUAAUGAGGCAGUCAUGAGGAUGGCGAAGGCCGCCAUACGGUCACCAUAUUCCAAAUCUCUUUCAAGCUCACCACUUUCUAUUAUAAAAAUAUUACAUUCCAACACCCAACUGGCUCAGCACCACCACCACCACCACCACCACCACCACCACCACUGCACAGCUUAUAUAUUCCUCUUGUCCAUUUUUUCUUAUUAAUCGUGUGCCUCAAAUGGGUCGACGAUUCAAUUUUAGUGUUAUUCUGAUACUGUCAUUUUCUCUGAAUUUGUUCCUGUAUCCCAGAAUCGUAUCCUCAGAACUCAAGCGCAACUAUUAUGCCAAAAUCUGCCCCAAUGUUGAAAACAUCGUUAGAAAAGCAGUUGAGAAGAAAUUCAAGGAAACAUUUGUCACUGUUCCUGGCACUCUCCGUCUCUUCUUCCAUGAUUGCUUUGUCGAGGGUUGUGAUGCGUCUGUUAUAAUUCAAUCAACUGAAAGCAACAAAGCUGAGAAGGAUCACCCAGAUAAUUUAUCCCUAGCUGGAGAUGGAUUCGACACUGUAAUCAAAGCCAAACAAGCAGUUGAUGAAGUUUCCAGUUGCAAAAACAAGGUCUCCUGCGCUGACAUCCUCGCCAUGGCCACCCGAGAUGUCGUUGCCCUGUCUGGUGGACCUUCAUAUGAGGUUGAGUUAGGAAGACUAGAUGGUCUCAGUUCAACUGCGUCGAGCGUAAAUGGGAAGCUCCCUCAUCCAACUUUCAAGUUGAAUCAGCUCAACUCCUUGUUUGCCGCCCAUGGACUCAACCAACUGGACAUGAUUGCCCUCUCUGCUGCCCACACCGUUGGAUUCUCUCACUGCGGCAAGUUUUCAAACAGGAUUUACAACUUCAGCCCUAAAAAUCCAGUUGAUCCUACGAUUAACAAGACAUAUGUGGCCGAGCUAAAGCAGAUGUGCCCAAAAAAGGUGGACCCUCGGAUCGCCAUCAACAUGGACCCCAUCACACCCAACACCUUUGAUAAUGUAUACUUCAAGAAUCUUCAACAGCACAAGGGUCUUUUCACCUCCGAUCAGAUCCUCUACACAGACUCCAGGUCCAGACCCGCUGUAAAUGCGUGGGCCACCGACUCCAACUCCUUUAACAAGGCUUUUAUUACUGCUAUCACCAAGCUGGGUCGGGUCGGUGUCAAGACAGGGAAAAAUGGAAAUAUCCGUCAUGAUUGUAGUGCGUUUAAUUAGUUUAUUGAACUGGAUUAUUAACUAACUAGGUUCUCUUGUUGUGGGUGCCUUAUUUUUUGUUUUAAAGAAUCGGAUUAACUUGUAAUAAAAUCCGAGCUUGUGAAAUAAACGACAUGACAAUCUUGUUUGUGUGUCGUUUUACAUGUAUGGUCAUCUAAUUUUAUCGACUCUCUACUGCAAUGAUAUGAGCAAACAAUUAUACGACCAUUUCUGUCAA